GCCGCACACGGACGUCGGCGCGAUCAUGAACAGCAACUCGCCGCAGAACACGAGCAGCGCGGGUGGGACGCAGCGGCGAGCCGGCGUCGACAACAGCGACGAGGAGGAAUGGAGCGGCGUCGUCGAAUGUGCUGUCCUUGAGAGAACGAAGUCCGACAGAGCCGUACGCGCGGACGAGGACAGACGUCGCCGUACGAUCAUCGUCGAGAAGAAGAACGGCACGUACGGUUUCACGUUGCAGAGCUACGGGAUACAUUACAAGAGGGAGCAGGAGAUAGAGAUGGUGACAUAUGUGGACUACGUGGAGUACGACGGGCCGGCGUUCAAAGCCGGCAUGCGGGAGGGUGAUGUGAUACUCUCGAUAAACGGCCACGAGUUGGACAGGGCCGAUCACAAGACUCUGGUGACCUUCAUCCAGAACUGCGAUACGAGAAUGCGAAUGGUCGUGUCCUUCGAAGACUGCGUGAGAAAAGUGGAAUUGCACAUGCGUUACAUCGAGCUGCAACGUGCCCUCCAGUCUCGCCUGAGCGAGCUGGAGAGACUGUGCGAACGGGAGCGGUCCAUCAUGAUGGGCCGGUGGAAAACCCAUUCACUGCCAGCGCGCAAAAGAACGCCCAACAGUAUCGUCGGCAGCAACCCCAAUCAGCCGUCGCCUUCCUCCAGCUUCAACUCCUCCACGAUUCAAUGCUGCCGACCUGCGACCUCCACCGAACAUCUUCUACUCUACAACGUGUUCGCGGACGGACGACCCUGCCUCAUCCCCCGCAGCGCCGCUUGCCUGGUGACAGUCGGGCCGCCCCGUUCUCGCAGCGACCACCAUCAUUUCCUGUCCAAGAUGUCCAGCGAGUCCGCCGUGACCACGUCGUCGCGCCAUAGUUACCACCAGGCGAACGGCAUGACCGGGACACCCGCGAAGGGCAAGUCUCACAAAUCCUGCCAACAGCAACAGUCGUCCAUCACCGGCGAAGGGCCGUCGUUGCACACGGCUCCGCAGAACAGUCUCUGCGUCGCUUGCAUCUCCAGUGCGAAUCGUCGCCGUGAGCAGUCCGACAGCGGCAGCCUGGACGCCUACGACCUCGCCAGUCCUUGCUGCGAUCCGAACUGCGUGCCUAGUCGCCGACGCCGCGAGAAACAACGACGCGCCCGCAACGAACAGGCUUUCCAUCAGCAGCAACAGCAGCAGCAACAAGCCAAUCUUCAGCACCACCACGUUCAAGGACCGCGAGACCAACAGCAACAGCCUCCCAAUACUCACAACUGUCCUCGCACGUCCGGCCACAGUCUUCACUCGGUCACCAGCAGCGACGUCUCGACGACGGCCGACAGCGUCGCUUCCUGCUCCACCAGCCUCAGCACCGACACUCUCUACUGGGACCCCAGCGUGCACCAGCGACCACCGCCGUGCCUUCAAUACGCCAAGCCGAAGUCCUGGGACAACCUGACGACAAAGGCCUUCGGGGGAUACGGUUUCGGUUACGGUUAUCUAGACACCGCGACCGUCAAAACUCACAGUGCCGAACGACCCGGCAAAGGGUCACAUGGUCGGGCGAAGACGCCCAUCGGCACCGUGCAGAGGAAGACCAGCACCGGCAGCAGUACCGCCUACUCGGCGGCGAGCACCGUCAGCCGACACGGCUUCCAGCCUACAAAGUCGACGGAGAGCCUGCUGAUACCGGCGCCGUACCAGAGCGACUUGGACGCGGCUAGUCUGAGCUGCGAGUGCCUGGACGGCGGGCCCGGCUCGCGAUUCGCGCCUGUUGUUCAACUGGACAAGCACAAGCGAGCUGACGAGGCGGCGGCGACGGGCUACAUACCGCCGACACACGCGCAGAUCAGGCAUCGACGGUCUAGUCAUUCCGACGGGAAACUACGGGCUAUCAAUACUUCCGAAGUAACACGAUUGUAAUGAUCUUACCCUUUAACCAAUCGAGCCUAACACAUACAAUGCUAAUAAAGCGUCGACGUAAUGCUGCUGCUUGCGUUUUAUUUGGCUUAACACCGAGGGAUGAGGGGUCGUGGCGAUCGAUGGGAUCGUCAUUAUCUAUGAUGCAUUGCGAGACGGCGCGCGAACUUCAAAUGCUGGUCGAAUUUCUUUAAUUAAUAAAUCGAAUAUUUUUGCGCGUUAUUUGCGAAACGGUAAUAUAGGACUUUUUUGUUCAGAAUGGCCUGACGGAGAAUUUUCUAAUUCUCUGAUUUUUCCAUGUUUUUCAGACGACAGUGGAGAAUUUUUCAUGAGUAAUCUUAAAUGUUCACAUUUAGAAACAGGACAGGUAGCUUAUGUUAUUAGAACACAAAAAUUUAGUAACAUGAUACAAUCCUGAAUGCAAAUUCAGGCCAACCAAAAAUAAAUGAGUAUUGGAAAGAAGAAUACAGUUGAGAGCAUAUCAGGGAAUUGCGAACAAUGUUCAAAAUUCCAAUUGAAUUAUUAAUUAAAGAAGUUCGCGCGCCAUUUGCAACGCAUUAUGGCCAGUGUUAGGAACAAAGGAUGACGAUCUUCUUAUAUAUUACUUUAACAAAUGCCUCACACCGCCAUCUCUGUUCCUUCUUCGUGCUAUCAUCGCGUUUCCCGCGUUACCUACCACCGAUUACAUUUGCGAGAUCACUGCAAACACAA